AUGGCAUCGAAGGAAACGGAGAUCGCUCGCGAUGUGAGCUCUAACGUUACCCACCCCUCCGAGAAAGAGCCAGAGACAGCUCACACGCCGAAAGACACGGCUGAUGACAAUGGAAACUCGGAUCAAGAGUCUCUUGACCAAGAAGCCCAGGCUGGUGUGAAGGGAGUUCAAGCCGCGGCGGCCGUUUGGACUAAGUCUCAUCUGAUCCUGGCAUAUGCGAUCAUUUGGUUUAUCUAUUUUGUUACUUCCAUCCAGGAGGUCGUCAUCCGUUCUCUAAACCCUUACGUGACAAGUGCCUUCAUGCUCCAUUCUUUGACUGCCGCCACGAGUAUCAUGGCCAAUAUCAUUGGAGGCUUGAGUAAAAUUCCCUUGGCAAAGAUAUUGGACUCGUGGGGUCGUCCUCAGGGUAUGUCUUUGAUGUUGAUCAUUUGGGUUGUGGGUUUCAUCAUGAUGGCGGGCUGCGACAACGUUCAGACCUACGCGGCUGCACAGGUUUUCUCAUCAGUGGGAUCCCAAGGAGUCAGCUAUUGUUUGACAGUUUUCAUUUCAGACACCUCUGCAUUGAAGAACCGAGCCCUCAUGUUGUCGUUCGCAACCUCGCCAUACAUAAUCACCACCUGGAUCGGGGGACCGAUCUCCCAGAGCGUCCUUGAAGGCCCCGGCUGGCGAUGGGGAUUUGGAAUAUUCACCAUCAUCGUUCCGGUCGUGGUGGCUCCUCUGUGUCUUCUGUUCUUCUGGAAUCAGCAAAAGGCCAAGAAGAUGGGGUUGCUCGCACCCAGCCGUGGUCCGCUCACCUUGUCUACAGUAAAGCAAUACUGCAUAGAGGUCGACUUGAUUGGAAUCAUUCUUCUGGCCGGUGGAAUGGCCUUGUUCCUACUUCCGUUCAGUCUCUGGUCAUACCAGAAGGAUCAAUGGCGGUCGGCGAUGAUUAUCUGCAUGAUCGUUUUUGGAGGACUUUUGCUCAUCGCAUUCGCUAUCUACGAGCGAUCUUGGGCCCCAGUAACUUUCAUCCCGUUCAAUCUAUUGAUGGACCGGACCGUCUUCUUCGGAGGGCUAAUGUUCAUCUUUGAAUUUUUCAACUCAAUGGUCUGGGGUAGUUACUUCGGAUCAAUGCUCCAGGUGGUUUGGGGUCUGGAUGUCACAGAAGCUAGCUAUGUCUCAGCCAUCUACAGAGUUGGAUCCUGCCUCUUUUGUCUGCUCGUCGGCUUCCUGAUUCGCUGGACUGGUCGCUUCAAGUGGCUGGCGGUUUACUUCUCCUUCCCGCUUAUGAUCCUGGGCGUUGGAUUGAUGAUUAAAUUCCGUCAGCCCGAUGCGGGUAUUGGAUACAUUUGCAUGACUCAAAUCUUCGUUGCCUUCGCUGGUGGAACUACUGUUAUCUGUGGCGAGCUUGCGAUGAUGGCGCCUUCGGAUCACCAACAUAUCGCUGUUAUACUUGCUAUGCUGAACCUGUUCAGUAGUAUUGGAAGCGCGCUUGGAUCAACCGUGUCUGCCGCUAUCUGGACCAGUGAGUUCCCGAAAGCGCUGGCCAAAUAUGUGCCAGCGGAGGUGGAUGUGGCAGCGGUAUAUUCGGACAUUACGGCCCAGCUGUCGUAUGAGUGGGGAAGCCCGGCUCGGAAUGCCAUUGCUCGUGCCUAUGGAGAUGCGCAGCGAUAUAUGCUCAUUACCAGUGUCUGUAUGCUGGUAGUUGCUUGGGGGUGUGCUGCGAUGUGGAGAGACAUUAAGAUAAAGGAUCUUAAGCAGGUCAAGGGACGCGUUAUUUAA